GUAAAAUGUCUAAAAAGGAAUACCAAAUAAGCUAUCUCCCUGACGAAGAUGGGUUCAAACCUCAUCCUUUAAAGAAAUUACGGGCAGCUAAGAACAAUGAAGAUAUCAUCAAGGAUUAUAAAAGAGCAGAGCCUAUCUGAAAUGAGUCAGAAACAUUUAAAGAAGGUCAACCAAAGCUAAAUGAGAAAAUGAGUGUAAAAAUAGAGAAGAAUCCUCUCUUUGACUUACAAAAAGAGGAAGAGAAACAGGAGGUCACACCAGAAAUCCAUGAAGACUUUGGAGCUGAUAAAGUUAUUAUCUACGAGCGUGAUAUAAUUAAAGGAGUCUCAGUUCCAGAAGAUGCUCCAGAUAGCCCUAAGAAAAAGAAGAAGGUGUCAUUGUUUGCUCAAAUGAUGAAAAAUAAGAAAAUGGUAGAUAAAGGAGCUAAAGAAGCUACUCCUGAAAACAAGACUAAUUUUCCAAUUGCUGAGAAAAUAGAUAUUCCAAUAAGCGUAGACAAAGAUCCUCUUCAAAAAGAUGAGGGAGUAUUUCAGAGCCAAUUUCAGAAAAUUUCUUCAAUAAGCUCAAAAGAAAGUCAAGAUCCAAAAGAUAAAAUGUCUAAAGUUCAGUGGUGGGAUCAGAGUGCUGUUAACUCAAGCUUAAAUAGUGAUCUGAAUGAGAUAAGUCAAGAUAAUAGCCAAAAGGUGCAAAAUAUGAGUCAGAGUGAGAGAAAUGAAGCAUUAGAGGCAAUAAAGAAAUCCAUCCCUCCAGCUCUUCUUCAAAAAUUAGAAAGGAUGGCUAUGAAUCAGCUCAAUAUUAAAUAAACCAGUAAAAAUUGAGUAUGAGAAAGACGAGGAGGACGAAGAGUCUAAACUUCAGGAGGUCUCAUCUGAAGCAGAUUCUACAGUUAAACUUACUGAAAACGAAAAGGGUCCACAAAAUGACAAAAAUACUCCUAACAUCUCAAAAGAUUCUUUCUUCCUGGACAAGAAUGGAUUAACUGAAUCAGAGAUUCUUUCUCAUGAAGUUUAUAUUAACAGAAGUGGAGAUUGCAAAGUUGGGCAAAAGGAAACGUUAAAGGGUUCCUCAACUUUAAUUUCAGAUAGGCUAAAUAUUGAUGAGAAUACAGACAUUACUGAAAAAUUCUUCUCUACCAAUGACAUAAUUUUCCUCCUUCAUAGUAGCUAUAUCCCACAAAGAAUGCUAGCUUUGAGUAUUCUUGAGAAUUUCCUAUCGUUAAAUCCAGAUGCAAUAGUCAUGAAAAAGUGAGUAUUCAUGAGCAAAGAUGUGCUGAAAUCAUGCCUUAUUGUUUUAUCUCAAUCCUCAAAAGUACCAAUAUCCUACCAAGCUGUGUUCUUUCAGAUUCUUGUGACACUCAUUAAAGAAUUGACUAAGGAAAUUCCAAGAGUAAAGAUAUUACCAGAUUUCAGACUUCAAACAGACCUAAAUGUUCCUGAAUUCAAAUGGAAGGAGUCUCUCGGAUUCGGCUCUGAUCAACCUCUUUCAGAAAUAGUGAAUUUGAUAACUUCUGAAUUCCCAAUAAUUGCCACUAUAGUAGAAGGGAUCCUUCAAGAUCUAGAUCAAAGCUUUACUCAUAUUUGCUGAGACUUGCUUGAAAACACACUGACUUUAAGCAAAAAUGUUGUCAAAGGGAUCCCAGAAAACUAUUUCAUUAAGCUGGUACAAAGAUUACUCAAGAUGAACAAGUUUAGCUUGCUAUCAGUCCUAGUAAAAUGCUCUAAAUAUUGAGCUAUCAAUAUCUGCACUGUGAUUCAAAGUAACAAAGAUUGGAAUGAAGAGUAUCUGUGAAUUCUAGAAGAAACGGUCAAGUAUUUAACUCUGAGGACUCAAAGUAUUACCUUAGAUGAUCAUGAAGCUAAAAUUGAGAAUCAAUUACCCUCUCUAGAAACUGAAGACUUUACAGAAGCUUUCCUUCAAAAGCUCAAAUUUUGAUAUCUCUUAAAGCUGAAUGCAAAAUGGAAGAUUCUAGCUAAGACGACUGAAAAACGAUAUGAAGUCACUGUAUUUCUUCAGAAGUUGUUGAGCUUUAUUUUUCCUGAAGGCCAAAUUUGAACAGACUCCCUAACUCUGACUGUCAUUUCCGAGGUUAUUCAUAUACUCCAGCUUGAUUUCUACCAAAGUUGUGUAGGGCUCGAUUAUAGCUGGGCUGAUGAGCGAACUUCUAAAUUUUACAAGGAUGUUCAAUCAGCACUUAAAGGAGUUUGAGAGAAGCUUGUUCAAGAUGAAACUUAUAUUGAUCAAGUCAAAAACUCAAGUUGAAUGAAGCACCAUAUGCUCAUCAUCGAAGCUAUAUUAAGAGAGACUAAAGAAAUUGAUUGAGAAAGUGUAUUAUCAAUUGUUCACCCAGUUGAUGAUGAGACUAGGGAUGCAUCUCUCUUGAUAAUGAGAAGGUCUGUGGAGUCUUCUAAAACUUGCCUGAAAAUUUGUUAUGAAAAAUAUCUUGAGUACUUUUCACAAAUAAGCAGAGAAAGUCUUAUAGAGAAAUAUCAAAAUGCAUCAUUGAAACCUAUUCUGCAGUGUUUUAUCAGAAACAAGAAAAUAUUAACUGAUAAAGAUCCAAACUUUUGCUGAUUAUCCAUUGUUCAACAUUUGCUCACCCUACUUGUUCCAGGUGAUGAGAAAGUUCUUUUGCAAGUUCUUGAAGAGUUAUUUAAGGAGAAUGAAGUAUUAUUAUCAUUCUAUAUGGGAUAUGGAAAUAUCCUAGAUGAAAAGGAUCCAAAGCCAAAGAUCAGCUUCUCUCAGCUGAAAAACAAUCCUUACCUUCCAUUAGACCAAGACUGGUUCAUAAAGCCUCUUCUGUUCUCUAAAUAAAGCUAAUAAUGAAGGCAACAAUCCAGAGAACAUCCCAAAAGAUUCACUGAGACCACUUUUUACAGAAAUUUUCAGCCAUCUAGUGAAACUCUACAUCAAAAAUGAGCAUGAAAACCCAAUUUUACUCCAAAUAUUUGGGGACAUUUCUCAUGCCAAACUCUUAUCUAUGGCUUUAGAGUUUAUUACUUUUGCUUACAUUCAAGAUAACACUACGCUCGUCAGCAAGAGUAUUGUUGCAAAUUGAAUGCAGAUCCUCCUCCAUUUUAAAUCAAAACUUAAGGUUAUUGGCAUCUCUGAUGAACAAAGGAAGAAACUCACUGAGUCAGGAGAGUUUGCUGCUCAGUUCCUGAAUGAGUUUGGCUUCAUAGAAAUCGGAAGUGAGUUUGUAUCAAAAGCAGUACACUUCCUCGUCCAAGAGAACCUCAUGAGUGAUGGAAGUUUAAAGGAUAUUUGGCAUUGUCUCGAGCAAGCACUUGAAGAUUAUGAUUAGUCUCGUUUCAAUAAAAAGUCCAAUAUUU